ACACGUACAUUGAUAAACUAAUCUAACACAUUUAAAUCGUGUAGAACGAAAAAUCUAUUGUCUGUACGGUGGUUCGAUAAUAGUCAUUCAAUACAGAAAUAAUUCUGACAGUAAUCAUUUCAUUACUGACAAUCAUAAAAUCUGACGAAAAUCAAAUUAAGACACCAUUCGGAAAAAAAUGUCAAAAAUUGAAGAAGGAAAUCUUCAUAUACGACAAGCUGAAAAAAGCUUGAAAACAUCAUUAUUAAAAUGGAGACCUGAUUUCGAAGUUGCGGCUGACGAAUAUACAAGUGCAGCAACUUGCUUUAGAAUAGCAAAAUCUUAUCAACAAUGUAAAGAUUGCUUAAUGAAAGCUUCCGAUUGUUAUAAAGAAAAUAGAUCAUGGUUUCAUGCUGCAAAGAGUAUUGAACAAGCUACUUUAAUUUGUAAAGAAAUGGGAAAUCUUACAGAAGUUUCAAAAUUAGCACAUAGUGCUUGCUCUUUAUAUUUGAUGCAUGGGUCGCCUGAAUCAGGUGCAACUGUACUUGAUAAAGUAGGAAAAAUGAUAGAAGCUACUCAACCACAAGAAGCACUAGACUUGUUUAAACGUGCUGCUAGUAUUGUUAUGGGUGAAGAUAGUCCACGUCAAGCAGCAGAAUAUAUGAGCAAAGUGGCAAGAUUAUUAGUAAAACUACAAAUGUAUGAUGAAGCAGCAGAUGCAAUUCGUAGAGAAAUUGGAAUGCAUCAACAGACAGAUCAUACACCAUCUGUUGGUAGAUUAACAGUAGCAUUAGUUUUAGUACAGUUAGCUCGAGGUGAUCAAGUAGCUGCUGAAAAAGCUUUCAAAGAAUGGGGAAAUUAUUGUGAAGCACCUGAGAUUAAUACAUUAGAAAUGUUAUUACAAGCAUAUGACAAUGAAGAUGCAGAUGCUGCAAGAGCAGCCUUAAAUAAUCCUUUUAUUAAACACAUGGAUGUUGAAUAUGCUAAACUUGCUAGAGGUUUACCUUUACCACAACAAGAAUAUGCAAUACCUCCUCCAGGAGUAAGAGCUAAUGCAGCAGAAUCAUAUACAUCUCCUAACGCAUCAAAAUUAAUGGAAGAAACUACAAAUGAAGUUCAAAACAUAAAUAUUAAUGAAUCUGAAGAUGCUUCAAAAACAUCAUCAGAAGACACUGUUGAAAAAGAACAAGCACAAGCAGCAUUUUCAAAAAAUAUAAAUAAUGAUGAAGAAGAUGAAUAUGAAGGAUUAUGCGGCGAGAAAGGCCACCUCUUUAAAUUAAAAGAAGGAAUGACGCUAGAGAAUCCGUUCUUUGUCGUCAAGGACGAAGUUUGUAAAGCCUUAAAUAAAAAUCGCGGUUUAUACGGGCGCUGGACGGAAUUGCAGGAUGUUGUCACGAGUCCUACUGUGAGUGGGGGAAUCCCAAUCUCACGCGACGAAUUAGAGUGGACUACUACUGAAUUACGGAAAGCUUUACGUUCAAUCGAAUGGGAUCUUGAUGAUUUAGAAGAUACGAUUUGUAUUGUAGAAAAAAAUCCAACAAAGUUUAAAAUAGAUAACAAAGAAUUAACGGUUCAACGAAGUUUUAUCGAACAAACACGAGAAGAAGUUAAGACCAUGAAGGAUAAAAUGAAUUUAAGUAGAGGUCGGGAUCGUGAUAACACAGCAAGACAGCCACUUUUAGAUAAUAGUCCUGCUCGAGUUCCUGUCAAUCAUGGCACAACAAAAUAUAGCAAAUUGGAAAAUGAAAUUGAUAGUCCAAAUAGACAAUUUUUAGGAGAUACCUUACAACAACAAAAUGACAUGAUGAGACAACAAGAUGAGCAAUUAGAUAUGAUAGGUGAAAGCAUUGGAACAUUGAAAACAGUAUCUAGACAAAUCAAUACUGAAUUAGAUGAACAAGCAGUUAUGUUAGAUGAAUUUGGUAAUGAAUUAGAAGUAACGGAUUCUAAAUUAGAUGCAACAAUGAAAAAAAUGGCCAAAGUUCUUCAUAUGAGUAAUGGUAACUAUAAUAAUUACAUUCCUGCUCCUACUACUGCAACAUCUAGUGUUUCUGAUCUUGCCUCUAAACCUUCUUCUCUAUCAUCUUUAUCAAAUACAAUAACUAACUGUUUCUUAUGUUCUGGAGAUUAAAUAUUUUUAUUAUAA